UCCUGGCCUGCCGCUUCUCUUCCUCUUCCCUCUCGUCAUCUGCUGUUUGGAUUCUCUAGUGUCCCACAGCCAGUUUGUUUAGGGAAGGGAGACAGGAUCCUGUAAACGAGUACAGGAGAGGGCCCAGACGACAUCGCCCUUUUCUCUCAGGCCACGGCUGUUUCUUUCUGUAGUGCGCCGACCCCAAAAACCGAAAGCAGCUCCGCACGCCGGAGACAACCACCACACACCAUCACCGCCACCGAGCCUGCGCUCACUAUCAAUUCCAUCGCUGGCUCGGCCAAUUGCGCAGUAUAUCUGUGAACAAAGCUGCGAAAAUGGACGAGAACAAUCUCCGCAUCGCGUCCAUCACGACCGUUGGCGUCGCUGCCAUCACUGCCGUGCCAGCUCUCUUUUCCAUUGGCGCCCAGAUCCGCAAUCGUACCCCAAAAGACAACUUCUACGAGGACCAUGAUGGCGUCAGCACUCCUGAAAACAUUGCCAACUUCUCCAACAAAACAUCAAAAGUUGUCAAUGUCGUCUUCUCCGUGACAGCCUUUGCUACCUACUUAGCUUCAGCCAUCAUCGCGACCAGCCACCACGCUGCCAAAGGCGACCACUUUCUCCAGCUCUGGCUAACCGCUGCCGCUUGGGCUAUUAUCUUCAUCCAGGUUCUCUGCUUAGCCGCUCACCACAACUCUAUUGAGUCCCAUACCCUUGGAGGUUGGGCAGCCGGCGCUUCGUUCAUCAACACCAUCGUCACGACAUUCCAAGUAUACCAUCUGUCUGAUGCCAAGGCAUUCCGCCACGAUGUUGCUUUCACGCUUCUCACAAUCGCCGCUGUUGCCGGAGGUCUUCUCACCAUUGCCGCGCUUUGCAUUCCCCGACGCCCUCGUGUAGAAUACAAUGGGGAGAGAGUCGACAACGAGUACGGAGCUACUCUGCUAAGUCGUUAUACAUGGGCCUGGAGCUGGGAUCUUAUCCAGCUCGGCAGUAAGAAGGGUGACUUGGAGCAAAAGGACAUUCCCCGUCCUGCCGCCUAUGCCCGUUCUGCCCGCCUUGUUGAGAUGUGGAACUCGCUCACCUAUGAAGGCACUUUGCUCUGGCGCAUUCUCCGCGCUUACUCCUUCGAGAUGGCUUUCCAGUAUGGCCUUGCCUUGCUCAAGGUCGCUCUGUCGCUCGCCCCUUUUGCCCUCAUGCAGACACUCCUGCAUAUCCUCGAAACGGAAAGAUACGAAGAACGCAGUUUACGCACCCUAGCACCUCUUGUAAUCGGUAUGGGUGCCGUGUCUUUGUUGCAACAGUGGCUCGAAGGUUUGCUCAACUGGUACACCAUCACUGGCUUGUCGAUCCCGAUUUCCGCGCAACUGUCAACCCUGGUCUACGAAAAGUCGCUUCGACGAAAGAAUGUCAAAACUGCCGAGAAAACAGAAGCCAACGUUGAUGAGGAACAUGACGACGAUGAAGAUCCUGCGGCAACUCUCAACUCUAAACAGGCAAUCGUCAAUCUCAUUGGUGUAGACGCCCGACGCAUUGCUGACUUCCUCUCCUGGCAAUUCCAAAUCAUCCAGAGCGUCAUGAAGCUGGUAAUGUACUCCAUCUACAUUGUUAAGCUGAUUGGUUGGGUCCCCUUCCUUGCUGGUUUAAUUUCAUGGGCCGUCGUGCUACCAUUUAACUACUGGGCAUCCGGAAAGUACGUCAGGACGCAGGAUAAGAUCAUGAAAAUCCGAGACACCAAGGUAUCUGUCAUCAACGAAGCCCUCCAAGGUAUCCGCCAAAUCAAGUUUGCUGCACUCGAACGACAGUGGCAGGACCGCAUUCUUGCACGCCGACAAAAGGAACUUUCCACUAUCAAAAUUGCCUUUGCGUAUGACUCCAUUGUCAUCGCUUGCUGGAUUUUCAGCCCUGUUCUCCUCUCCGUCGUUGCUCUCACCGUUUUCGCCCUCACCAAUGACCUAACCCCCUCCAUCGCUUUCACUGCCAUCGGUAUCUUCAAGAGCUUGGAGGUUGCGCUGUCCGUCAUCCCUGAGCUUCUUACAUUCGGAUUGGACACACUUGUUUCGGUCAGAAGAAUCGGUGCCUACCUUGGAAUGUCCGAAAUGGAACAGGUUGUCUCCGUAGGACCGGAUGUGGCUAUCGAAAAUGCUGCAAUCGCUUGGCCAGUCGACGGUGAAGUGUCGGACGAGGAUCGCUUUGUCUUGCGAAAUGUUGAUCUUUCCUUCCCACAAGGCGAGCUCUCUGUUAUCUCUGGACGAACUGGAACCGGAAAGAGUCUCUUGCUCUCGGCCCUUCUCGGCGAAGCCGAUCUGCUUAGCGGCUCUAUCUACAUGCCCACCACUGCCUCACCCCUUGAUCGCCAUGAUGCUAAAGCGCAUGCCGGGAACUGGAUUUUGUCCGGUUCUGUCGCCUAUGUCAGUCAAACACCCUGGCUUGAGAGUGCUACUUUGCGUGAAAACAUUCUUUUCGGUCUUCCCUAUGACGAAACUCGCUACAAUGAGGUCAUUACUGUCUGUGCGCUAAAGAAGGAUUUGGAGAUUCUGGAGGACGGUGACAGCACUGAGCUUGGAGCUAACGGCAUCAACCUUAGCGGUGGACAGAAAUGGCGAGUCACCUUGGCGCGUGCCAUCUACUCCCGUGCCGAAAUUCUUGUCAUGGACGAUAUUUUCAGUGCUGUAGAUGCCCACGUCGGUCGCCAGAUCUUUGAUAAGUGUAUCGCUGGUUCUAUUUGCGAGGGCCGAACUCGAAUCUUGGUAACUCACCACGUUGGCUUGGUACAAUCCCACACCAAGUAUGUAGUAGAGCUUGGCGAAGGCGGUGUGCUCAACGCUGGAUUGACGUCUGAUCUCGCUGAGGACGGUACUCUGGAAUUGAUCAAGAGCCACGAAGCGCAGGCGAACCCUACCCUUGCAACCGAAGAGUCAACAGCCGUUAAUUCCGAAAUUGCCUCCGAGGGCGACGAAGAGGAGACCGUGCCUCUGCAAAAGGUCAAAUCCAAGGAUGCAAAGAAGUUCAUUGAAGCCGAGACACACGCCAAGGGCUCAGUGAAGGGACAUGUGUACUCAACCUACAUUGCCGCCAGCGGUGGUGUUGUGCUUUGGCUUAUCCUUUUCACAUUCUUCAUCUUUUGUGAGGGUGGUGACUUGGCCAAGGCCUGGUGGUUGAAUGUCUGGUCUGACGCAACCCAGAAACACUCUAGCGAUCUCUCUGUUGCCUCUAUCGACACUGAAAGCAGCUGGAACAUUUUCUCACUUAGCAACGGUAUGCGCUAUGCACCUAAGAAUGCCUUUGUAUCGACAAGCAAGCCCAAGGACGACAGCGAUCUUUACUAUUACAUCUGGGUCUACGGUGCUCUUUCGUUCGGUACAGCCAUUCUUCAGUGUCUUCGAAUUCUGUUUGUGUUCUUGACUGGCCUUAGGGCGGCCAAGGUGCUCUUUGAGAGAAUCUUGCAUGUCGUUCUGCGAACUCCUCUGCGCUGGCUCGACACUGUGCCAGUUGGCCGCAUCUUGAACAGAAUGACCUCUGAUUUCGAUACCAUCGACAGCCGUUUGGCUUGGACUCUCAGCUGGACCAUGGGCCAGGCCAUUGGCCUCACCGGUAUCUGCAUUGCUGCAACUGUCGUCACCCCAGUUAUCCUCCCACCUGCUAUUGUUCUCGUCUUUGUUGGUGCCUACGUUGCCAAGAAGUAUAUGGAUGCUGCCCGUCCCAUGAAGCGUCUCGAAAGCAGCUGCAAAUCUCCCAUUUUCGAACUUUUCAACGCCACGCUCGGUGGCAUCACAACCCUUCGUGCCUACCAGAAGUCUGAUACUUACAAGGGCCGCAUGCAUUACAGCAUUGAUACCUGGAGCACGAACAAGGUCCAUUACUGGAUCCUUAACCGUUGGAUGGGUUUCCGAAUGUCCCUUGUUGGCUCAACUUUCACUAUCAUUGCCGGUUUCCUUUUGGUCACUAGUCCUUCUGUCAGCGCUGGUGCUGCUGGUUUCGCACUUGCCUUUGUUGUCGAUUUCUCUACUAGUCUUCUCUUUGGUAUUCGUGCCUAUGCUCAGCUUGAGCUUGACAUGAAUGCUACGGAGCGUGUGAUCGAGUACUGCGACUUGAAGACGGAAAACCAAGGUGGCAAGCAGCCUCCUGCUGCUUGGCCUACCUCUGGAGCCAUGGAAGUGAAAGAUCUUGUUGUUGGAUAUGCCGACGGCCUUCCUGCCGUGCUCAAGGGUGUGUCCUUCAACGUUAAGGACAACGAAAGAAUCGGUGUUAUUGGACGCACCGGUGCGGGCAAGUCAUCCUUGACUCUUGCUAUCUUCCGUUUCCUCGAAGCGAGAUCCGGUAAAAUCUUCAUUGAUGGCCUUGACAUCUCUGAGAUGGAUCUGCAUAGCUUGAGAUCCAGACUCGCCAUUAUUCCUCAAGAUCCGGUGCUCUUCUCUGGCUCGAUUCGCACCAACCUCGAUCCAUUUGAUGAGCACACGGAUGAUCAGCUUCGUGACUGUCUGAACCGUGUCCACUUGCUUGACUCUGUUCCCGGAACACCAGCAAAUGAAUCAGCCGCUGGCAACUCGUCCGCUACGCCCAAGAACGCCAACAUUUUCCAUGACCUUAUGAGCGGCAUCUCAGAGGGCGGUGGUAACCUCUCGCAGGGCCAACGCCAGCUUCUUUGCAUUGCCCGCGCCAUUGUCGCGCGACCCAAGAUUAUGGUUCUGGAUGAGGCCACGUCCGCUGUGGACAUGUCUACCGAUACGCUGAUUCAGCGCAGUAUCCGUGAAGAGUUCACUGACACAACCAUGAUUGUCAUUGCUCAUCGUCUUAGCACCAUUGCUGAUUUCGACCGCAUCUUGGUUCUCAGCGAGGGCCAGGUGGCGGAGUUUGGUACACCCAAAGAACUUUGGAAUACCGAAGGCAGUAUCUUCCGCGAUAUGUGUGAGAGCAGUGGUGAGAGGAAAGAGUUGGAGAAGACUGUUCUGUCCGGUAAAUAGUCUGUUUUUUUCUUUUUGCAUUUUGCUUCAUCUUGUAUCUAUUUGAUGUUUUAUUGCUUGUUCUUUUUCAAAAAUUCGCUAGGUGUUUGUUUUCCUGCAUUGCACAGACCGUAUAUGCAGAGAGAUUGUUUGGAUUUUAGACGCCAGACUAAAUUAUCACUGUUGUUUUAUCUAUAACUUAUACAAAUCGACCUUACAAACUGUUUAUACAUGGUGACUGAGUGUUUCGUGAAUUCUGAGGACAAAUAGUGAAGAAUGUAGCUGAUAUGUGCAUGAGACGGUGACGAAUAUGUAUGUAUGUACGUUCACUCAUGGACAGGUUAAUCCUGAUCCUGAGCAGGGCUACUAAUAUUACUGGCAUGGGCUAACAAAAACUUGCAGCAUGUUAAUGUAAGCUUGCAAGCCUUAGUCCAGCCAUCGUCUUGCGCAAUACCGAGUUUGAUGCUGGUGUCUCCUAUUCUGUCGCCUUCAAUCUUGUAUGGAAGGCUGAGCGGCCGGUCUCCGCGUUCAGUCUGUCGAUAGACGUGAACACCUAACUGCCGUACCAGCUCGAGAAAUGCGACCAUGGCGUUGUCGAACUUGCGGUGCAUAAAUGUGAGGCCAAGAGGCAUGUCUCCAGAGCUAUACAGCUCUAGUACCUGCUUCUUGGGUGGACCUUGUGCCGUUGUACGAGAGCCUAGGCGGCUUGAUGAUGGGCUUGUAUUUUCAAACCUGAGAAUCUUUGAAGUACUACCCAUGGGCUGAGGGUCAUAUCCUUGGAAUUUAAAGUCCAACUUUUCAGCAACAGUGACGAGUAGCAGAAGAGCGUGGCCCCAAGCGGCGUUGAUUUCUGGCCAGUCAACAGGUUUGUUUGACAGACGCCCUAAUCGGAGACCGUUGAUUGUUGCAAAGCUACCGUCAUGGCUAAUGCAGAAUGUGUCGUUAUAGACAUUGGACCGUUGCAACUUCUGCAGUAGCUGCGAAUCAUUAUUAUACUUUGUGUUGAUACUGUCUCGCUCGGAUUGGAAGUCGGCCAUUUUGGCGGUGAAGUCGUUGCGUUGUGCCCAAAACUCCUCCUCUUCCUUAUCCAGCGCUCUGGCCUCGUCCUCCAGUGCCAGUAUCUCCAAAUCUAGAUUAUCCUUUUCUGUUUCAAGCUUCUUUAGCUGUUCCAUAGCUUGUGCCUUGGCUUGUUCGGCUUGCUUUUGAGCUUCACGCCACCUCUUUUUCUCACCCUCCGUUGGCUGAUUGGCUCGAGCUUCUUUUAAGUAAAGUGCAUACGUAUCUCGCUCCUUGGUCGCUGCAUCUAGCUUCUUCUGUAGGCCGUCGACUAGCAUAUCGGUACACUCUAUGCAUAUAGGGUGGUCUAUAUCGGAUCUUGAUGAUAAAAUCUCAAAGAGACGAUUCGCUCGGUCUAUGCCAUCUGUACGGGAACCAUCGGGUCGUGGUGACGUUGGCACAUCCUUAGCGCCGGCUUGCAACGGUCGAAUAGGUUUUUGUGGUGACUGUGGAGGUGAGGUUGGGCGGCCACCCGGUUGACCGACUUGCGACUCGGUCAAAUAUAUAAAUGACAUUGCUGCGUCUUUCGGGUUACCUCCAUGGUGUCGUUUGAAGGUUGGCGUGGGCUUGGACCUCGACACGGCAUCAUAGAGUGCCUGCUUGGCUUGUUCUUUGGGUCGUGCAAGGUGCUGCCGCGAUGCCGAGGGCCCUUGGGUGAGUAGAGGAGAGGAUGUAGCUAGAGACUAUGGUAUCAGCACCACUGCAUACAGUUAUCGCCGCAAGGAAGAGCUGCGUACAAACUAGGAGAUCGUAGGCGGCUGGAUUUAGAUCUUGGAGCGAGCCAUCCAGCUUGAGCGGCUGGCGGCACUUCUGGCAAAACAUUUUGCACCUUGCUGGUCGUUACUGUUCAAAGAGCCGGUGCGCCGGUGCAGCACAUUGGAGAGUCUUUUGUGCUUGACGGGUUGGAGCAAAGUGAAGCAGGUCAGUGACGAUUGC